AUGCUAACCUCGGUCGACAAGUGCAAGCCCAGAGAGGGCAGUGAAUGUGAAAAGCCUCACUACCUGAUUCAGCCCUUGGAUCCAGUACACACAGCGCUUGGGCCGUUUCCGGAACUUUAUGCCAUCGAGGAGGAGUUGAAGCUAGUUUCUCGUAACUCCACUACUCAACCCGCUGUCCAACUCGGCGUUCGGGGCUCUCGGGCCAUGAGGACCGUUUCACCCAUCGUAAUAGACCUGACACUAGAUGACGACGAUGACUAUGUUAAGAAGCUUAGUCUAGUAAUUUGGCUAAAGAGUCAAAAAGAGGCUAUCGAAGUUGUCGUUAAUUGUAAGUCAGAGGGACUUCGAAUGGAGGACCAUAAAAUGGUCUUGGGUGAUAAGGGUGUGGAGAAAAUACCGCUAGAAUAUUAUUCCACAGUCGAGCAUCGAUGGACAGCGCUAAUUUGGUCAGACGUAGCUCCCGUGUUUGAUCAAGGGUUGGUGUUAAUCCGGCAACUGGGCCUGAAGUUGGCGCGUUUGGAAAUCCACUAG